AUGGAUUCUUUGUUUGUCAAGGCACAAAAUACCUCCCUGCCGAAAUCCCUGCGUCCCACCUCGUCACCAUCAGACAUCCCAAAGCACAAGCACGUCAAGGAUCUCAAGCUAAGAACAAAAUUAACUCGGCAGGCAGCACAUGCUGCGCGGUCAAAAGCACUUGUCGAAGAUGCUGAACUGUUGCUCACGAGCGAGGCAGGGAAAAUGCAGGUGGAGACCGAGCUGGAACGAACUUGGAGAAUAGGCCAGGAUGAUAUUGUGCAAGGUGCCGGUCAGGAGGCUGCCAAGGGACGACGGGAACUGAAGUUGGAUGGUGGUCCAUAUCGCUCGAGAUACUCAAGGAACGGCAGACAUCUUGCCAUUGUCGGCAGCAUGGGCCAUGUCGCGACUUUUGACUGGCAAACAGGAACGAUGCAUGCUGAGCUUCAGCUGCAGGAAACAUGUCGCGAUAUCACGUUCUUACAGGAUCAGUCAUUCUUCGCGGUCGCACAAAAAAAAUAUGUAUUUAUAUACGACCGUGAUGGUGUCGAACUACACCGAUUGAAAGCUCACAUUGAGCCCACGCGACUCGAAUUUCUUCCAUAUCACUGGUUGCUCGCUAGUGUGGGAAACAACGGAUUCCUAAAAUAUCAAGACACCUCCACAGGCCACAUCGUGGCAGAGCAUCGAACAAAGCUCGGUGCAUGUAAUACGCUCGCACAAAAUAAGCACAACGCGGUGCUACACCUCGGUCAUUCCAAUGGCGUUGUCACCCUCUGGACGCCAAACAUCCCCCAUCCUGCUGUACAAAUCCUAGCACAUCUCGGUCCAGUUGUGGGGCUGAGUGUCGAUCCGAGUUCUGGUGGGCGCUACAUGGCGUCAUCAGGCCAGGAUGGGGUCGUAAAGGUCUGGGACUGUCGGAAUUGGAAGGGCACUGUGCGGGAAUGGACGACAAGAGGUGGCGGCGCUGAGUUGGAAUGGAGUGCAAGGGGUGCGUUAAGUGUGGCAGUAGGUGGAAGUGUCAACGUGUACACAAAACCGUCAAUACAGACCUCACACCCAGCUAAAGCUCCACCACCUCUUUACCUCACACACCCAAUACCACAUCGACCGCUUACUUCGGUGCGAUUUUGCCCUUUCCAGGAUAUCCUUACCAUCGGACACAAUGCUGGUCUGUCGAGUAUUCUUGUGCCUGGGGUUGGCGAACCAAACUUCGACAGUACGGAAGCCGAUCCAUUCGAGAACAAGAAGGCAAGAAGGGAAAGGGAAGUCAAGGGUCUUUUAGACAAGAUUCAACCGGACAUGAUCACACUUGACCCCGAUUUCGUGGGAGCCCUUGCACCGCCAACAAAAUUAACCACUGCUGUCAAUGACACACAUGAUGUUCCCUUCGCUCGUCUUCCUCGCCUUGAGCGAUUACGUGUCCAGGGUAAAGCAGAUGAAACGGAGCUUGUUGAUGAUGAUGACGAGGACGCUGCUAAAGGCGACGGUGACAAGAAUGACAACCCGCAGUCACGAAAUGAGAAGGAGAAGCGAAAAAUGCGCGGCAAGGGCAAGAGUGUCAAAAGAUACCUCCGAAAGCAACGCAAAAACGUCAUUGAUCCCACUGCAGUCGCUAUUCGUGCGAAACUGGAGAAGCAGCGGGAGGAAAAGCGCGUGGCAAAGGCCAUCGAGAAUGGUCAGAUGGAGGCGCGCAAACCAUCGGCGCUUGAUCGAUUUAGACGACCGUGA